AUGGGAGUACUACGCGCUCGCACCUUACUAGUUGCACUAGGCUUGGCAUCAUUCUUCAUCUGGUCCUUCUCGCGAUGGCAUCCUGCAGAUGAAAACUACUCGCCUGAUUCUCACUUAAGCGCGUCGCAAAAUCCCGAUCUCAUAGCUGCGCACCAGACGUUUUGGAAAUUGUUUCAUGGGUAUCUUGAGAAGCAUGGACCGGAAGCUAGCCCCGUGGUUGAGGAUGAGAAAGCCCCAACGGAGGGAUUUAAUGCAAAUGACCCGAAAUCGCGUCCUGACUAUGUCAAGGUCGCGACGGAAGAUGUCGCGUCGAUGAGGAAAUCACAUACUGCAUUUAUAAAGGCUAUCACCAGCUCCCUGCCACAACUGCAGUAUAUCCCUGGCACCAAAGGCGUGGUAUCGACUGCCGGUGGUUCAUAUUUGCCUGUGCUGGUCAUAUCACUGCGCAUGCUCCGCCGGACAGGGUCAACGCUGCCGAUGGAAGUGUUCCUUGCCAAUGAAGAAGAAUAUGAAGACUAUAUCUGUGACGUGGUGCUGCCAUCUUUGAAUGCGAAGUGUAUUGUGCUAUCCCGUAUUUUGGUCGCAGCACCUACAAAGAUCGAGAAGUACCAGUUCAAGCCAUUUGCUAUGCUCUUCUCGUCAUUUGAAGAAAUUCUCUUCCUAGAUGCAGAUGCAUUUCCACUGGAGCGUCCAGAAAAGAUGUUCAAGAGUGAGCCCUUCCGCUCAACUAACAUGGUCACUUGGCCUGAUUUCUGGGCAUCUUCAGUGUCACCUCUCUUCUAUGAAAUUUCGAACACCACCGCUCCGCCUAUGAAUCUGCGCCAGUCGACAGAGUCCGGCGAGGUGCUGCUCUCCAAAAAGACUCAUACGCGCACUCUAUUGCUCAGCACAUACUACAACUAUUGGGGCCCUUCACACUACUACCCGCUUCUGUCUCAAGGUGCCGCCGGCGAAGGUGACAAGGAGACGUUUAUCACAGCCGCCACAGCCGUGAAUGAGCCCUUUUACCAAGUUAGCGAGUCCAUUUGUGCACUGGGUCAUGCCAAGGAGGGUGGUAUGGCCGGGUCAGCUAUGGCCCAGUUCAAUCCCAUACAAGACUAUGAGCUCACCCGUCAAGGCAAAUGGCGAGUUCGAGGGGAUGAUGCCCCCGCUCCAGAUGUAGCCUUCAUUCACGCCAACUUCCCCAAAUUUAAUCCUGCUACAGUCUUUGAUAGUAACCACGAGGUCAAACCCGCCUUCAAUGACGACGGUUCUUACACACGUGCCUGGACUAUUCCCCAGGAAGUUGUUGCAAAAUUCAGUGCCAAGGUUGAUAUCGAAAUGGCAUUCUGGCGAGAGAUUCUAUGGACAGCUUGUGAGCUUGAAGACAAAUUUGUUUCUUGGGAAGACAAGACUGGUAUUUGUGACGGCGUCAAGGACUAUUGGCAUGCCACCUUCCAGUCUGACGGCUUGCCCUCUUAA